AUGCCUUCAUUAUUUAUACUGUUGGAUACUAAAUUUUCUCAAGUCACUGUAAGUCUCAAUGGUCAUAAUGUUAGAAUUCCCCCAGAGACACUUUGUGGUAAAUUAGAUGUUCCACCGGAUUAUCAUUUAAUAGGGGUAAAAGAUGAUGAUCAUAACUAUGGAUGGAUUGUAGAUUGUACAUUUACAGAAUAUGAAUAUUAUACACUCACUAAGAUAGAUAAUGAAUAUCAGUUAACAACACUGAGUAUAAUCAAAUCUGAUACUGAAUUAAAUUGUAAUUUCCCAAGUAUUAUAGAUACCAAUAUUGAUUUUGAAGAAUUUCAGAAGGUAACGGAUUUGAAAGUUUCAAAUAAUAUUAUACCAAUUCAUGAUAAACAUAUUAUAGAUACUAUAUCUGUAAAAGUUAUAGAUACUCCAAAAUUUGAAUAUCCACUUCAUUAUUAUGUUACAUUAUUAGAAUUUACGUAUAUACUGUUUGUUGUACUAAAUAUUUCUCAGUUUCAAGAGUAUUGGUUAAAUACAAUUCAUCAACUUGGACUUAUUCCAUUAAAAUCUUAUCAACUUCAUAAAUCUAAUACUAUCAAUAUAUUAACUAAAUUAAUUGAUCAAAUUAGACAAUUACAUACAAUAACUAAUCAAGGUGAUGAUAUAAUUAGAAUUCCUCCAAAUACAAGAGAAAUAUUAGAUAAUAGAUUUCGAUCAGAAGUAUGGAAUAUUCAAGAUGAUUGUUGUGGAAAAUUAAAGUUAAAUGGAGUAAUAACAAAUAAAUGGAAACUUUUGAAAUCAUAUAUUUCAUAA